AUGGGAAAGACGCAAAGGGCGAAACGGCAGGAGGAGAGGGAGGGGCAAAACGUGGCGGGGAGGCAAGGAAGGGAGCAGCGAGAGCGGGGAGCAAUGGGCGGAGCGGUGCGGAAGGGCCGCAAAGCAAAAAGGGGGGGAGAAAGGCGGACGAAGGAAGAGCCACUACAGAUAGCCAGGGGGGGCGCCGUAGGCGCCGAUAGCGGCGGUGGCGCGCCAGGGCGGGCUGGCAGGAGAACCGCAGUGGGGGGCCGCAGUGGAGCGAACAGCGGAAGCCCAACCGCGAAGAAGCGGAAGGGCAGGAGAAGAAGGCAGGGGCCACGCAGGGGGAGGAGCGGAGGAAGUGAGAGGAAGGAGCACGAGGAGGAGCCAGGAGGAGCAAAGGCAAACGGCCAGGGAGCACGGAAGGAGGAAACAAAACCCAACGAAAGAAACCCGAGGGGGAGGCCAAGGCCCGGAAGGACAGGGGCGCAGCAAGAGAAAGCAAAGGAAGGGGGACACACGGAAGGGAGAAAAGGGCGGAAGGCCAAAGAAGGGGAGGAAACGGAAGGGAGAGACAAAGGACAAAGGGGGCGAAAGGCCCAGGGGCGGAACCAGAGCCGGGAAGGGAAAGGAAGGCAGGCAGGGAGGCAAGGGAGCGGCGAACAGCAACGCAGGAGGAAGGGGGGCAAAGAAGACAACGGGAGGGGGGACACGCGCCGAAGGGCGAAGAACGGGAGGGCGAGGGCGGAAGGGCGACGCCCACGGGGGGGGCGGAGCGAGGAAGACGGCAGCGGAGGGGGCACAGGAGACGGGCAAGGGCGGAGAGAGAGAAGCCAGAAGGCGAAGCCCAGAGAGAAAAGGCGGGAGCCAAACACCCGGGGAAGGAGCCGCGAAACAGGAAACGAACGCGGCGGCCAGGGGAGAAGGAGCGAGGAAGGACGGGGAACACGGCGCCAGGAGAGAGCCCCACCGGCCAGAAGAAAGACGCACCCGGAAGGGGAGGGCGAGAAGCAACACAGCCAGCGAAGGCCGCGGCGGAAGAACCGACAAGAGCGAAAGGGGCCGGCGGCCGAAACCCAAGCGGGGAACCGGGGGGGCCGGGAGAGACCGGAGAACCGGCGGGACAGCGCGCCAAGGGGCGAACCCCGGAGGGGGGGGAACGCCCGAGCAGGCCAACCGCAAAAGCAAGAGCCGGCCGGGACAGACGGGAAGAGAGCCAAGACAGCCAACGGCGGCAGCAGAAGGGAGGGGCGCCAGGGAGGCGGCGCCAAAGCAGGGGCGGACAGGGGGCCAAACGGAAGGAGCCCCCGGAGAGAGGGGAGCAGCGGGGGGAACAAGGGGCAGAGGAAAGCGCGCGAAAACGGGGGGAGAGAGGGGGCGGGAGAGAAACCCAGGAGACCCCGGGACCGAGCGCGACGGAAGGGAAGGCCAAGAACAGAAGAGGCAGCACCCAGAGCCGGCAGAGCAAAGGGCGGAGAAAGAAAGGGGGCACAGCACGAAGCAGCCCCGGAGCAGGGGGGCAAGGAAGAGGGCAGCCACAGAGAAAACAAGAAAGCAAAGGGGACGCCCACGCACCGGCGGGGAGAGACAGGGAGCGGAGGGAGGGGCAACAAAACCAAAGGAAGAAAGGACCCCAGCGAACGGGAGAGACCAGGGACGGGAGGCGGGGGGAAACCGGAGAGGGAGGGCGGAAGCGGACAGACGAAAGGCGCACCACCCCGAGAAGAGAAACCGGCAGGGGGGGCAGAGAAACCGCCGCGGCGAGAGCACCAGGGAGGAAAGCGGGGGGCACAGCCAGGGGGGGCAACGCAAGAGGAAAAGGGGCAACGAAGGCCAGAAGGACCCGAAGGGAAGCGGGCGGGGAGACAGGAGAAAAGGGCGCCGGGGAAGCGAGGCCGGCGGGGGAGGAAAGCCCGGGGCAACAAGCCGGGCCGGGGAGCGCGCAAGGGGGCCGAAGGAGGGGCGGGGAGGCGGAAAAACCCAGGGACAGCCAAGGGCCGGGGCCCCAGGAGGCAACGCAACAAGAGCCCAAACGCCAGGGGCCGGCAGGGAAGGCAGGGCAGCCGGCAGGGCGGCGAACCAGAAGGCAGACGGGGCACAAGGGGGGCGGGAGAGAAGGGGCAGGAGCAGGGGCAGCCCCGAGGGCAGAGGCGGGGAGAGACGAAACAGAAGAACGAGGAACGGCGGAGCGCCGGAGCCGAGGAGACCGGCGGAAGGGGGGACCCGCAGCACCGGGGACAGGCGGCGGGGCAACGACCGCGGCAGGAACGGGGGGCAGGGCGGGAAGCGGGGCAGGCGGCAGCGGCGCAGAAGCGGGCGGGAGAGCCGGAGGGGGGGCAACCAGGGGGGCGAAAGCGAGGGCAGGCGGGGGCGGGAAGGCCGGAACGGGGGCGGCCAAAGGCGGAGCCGCAACAGGGGGGGGAAGCGCAACGGGAGGGGGAGAGCGGCAGGCAGAACGAAAGGAGCACGGCGGAGAAGGACAACCCCACCAGAGGACGGAGAAGGGGGAGAGGCAAGAGGAGCGAAGGAAGGAACGAAGGCCGGAAACCGAGCACGCCCACGAAGCAAGGCAGCGGCAAGAAAGGGAGCAGGCCGGGAGGCCACGAGCCGAGGAGGAGGAGAGGGACAAGAGAACCGAGAACCCGGAGAAGAGGGGCAGAGCCAAGAAAGAAAGCACGAAGCGGCCGGGGGGCAAGGGGCGGCGCGGGGGGGGAGAGAGCCGCACCGCAGACGGACAGCCCCAAACACGCAGAGGGGGCAAACGCGGGGGCCAACCGGGAAGAACGCAAACGGGGGCGGAGGGACAGCCGGGGGGGAACACGGGGAAGAGAGACGGGGCCGGCGGAAGGGCGGCAGCCCACAACGACGGAGGAAGCGGAGAGGGGCGAAGCAGACGCCGCACCAGAGCCAGAAGGGGCCGGGGCGGCGGGCAGCGACACCAGGGGGGGCCGGAGAACCAGGCAGGGGGGAGGGGGCAACAAGCCCAGGCGCGGGAAGAAACGGAGCAAAGGGACCAGGGCGGGGCCAGGCGCAGGAGAGCGACCAGAGGAGGCACCACCCCGAGCAGACCGAACGAGGGGGAGGGGCCGGGGACAGGGGGGGGCAACGGCAGCGGGAAAGGAGGGAAAGGCAGCCAAGGCGGCAGGGGAGGAGGAAGGAAAGACACAGAGGAAAAGCGGGAGAAGGCAGCAAGAAAGGGGAGGAAAGAGGGCGGACCAGGGAGGGGCAGAGCAGGACAACAGAGGGCAGGAGGAAGAAGGGCCAACAACGGGGAACGGCGAGGGGCACCGGGCGGGGACGGGGGGGGCGGCGGACCCGGAAGGCAGGCAACGGCAAGGCGCAAAGGCAGGAGAGGCGAGAGGAGAAAGGACGCCAGCCGGGACCAACCGGGGAAGACGCGCAAGGGAGAGAGGACCGAAGCGCCGAGGCCACAACAGGGAGGAAGGGGCGGGAAGACGACACCGGGGGGGGCCGGGGGAACAGGGAAAGAAGGGGAAACGGAAGCAGGCGGGAAGGGAAGACGGAAAAGACCAGCAGACAAGGGACCAGGACCAACACAAGGAGAAGAACGAAAGAACGGGAAAGCAGGGGGAGGAAAGGCAAAAGAAGAGCCGAAGGGGACAAGGCGAGAGACGGAAACGAAGGGCCGAGAAAAACGAGGAACAGAAAAAGGCGGGGCGAACG